AUUUGUGUAUCUCAGUCGAGGAACUCAAAAUGUGUCGCGGAUUACUAACACUAAUGUCUUGGGCAUGGAUCAGCUUGAUACUGUCGGGCUCCGUGUUGGGUUUUAGCACCCAAUAUCGUGGCAAUACCCAACAUCCAACUAUACCGGAGCAUUGCUACUAUGCUGAACUGGAACUGGCUGUCCGGCGCAAUGAUACCUCAUUUCCGGUCGAUGUUCCGCACUUUUGUGCCCAAGUGCAUUGUCGGGAUGAUUAUGUGCUGAUGAUCAAGCACUGCGACCGCAUCCAGUUGGCCAAUGGCUGUGUUUUCACAAGCAACGACUACUCGCUACCCUAUCCGGAUUGCUGUGCCCGACUUGAAUGCGACUAGUGAUUAUAUAUUGAUAUAUAUAUAUAUAUAUAUAUAUAUAUAGUGAUUGAACAUUGAUUAUAUUAUAUUUGAUAUUUUGUUAAUUCUUUUAUGUACAUCUUAUAUCGAUUGAGGUUCACAGUUCGAAUCCUUUGUUUCGUGUGUAUUCCAAUAAUGAAAUUUAUUAUAUUUUA